AUGGAAUUUAAUAAUGAAAAAGUGCCCAGACCAAUGAACCCUCCAGCAUAUUCAGAAUUUCCCCCAGAAAAAACCACCAUGCAAAUGCCUAGUGUUGUUAUAUCCCCACCGUUGAUUCAGACAAAUACCCCUGUCAUCGUACCCGUUGUGGUUGGACGUCAGAUGGGACCAAAACCAGCUUCACUUUCAUGUCCAUCUUGUCAUGCUCAAAUUACAACCAGAGUGGAGAGGAAGACUACAACGAAGACGCAUCUUUUUGCACUUUUACUUUGCUUUCUUGGAUGUUGGUGCUGUGUGUGCGUACCUUACUGCAUGGACUCUUGCCAAAACGCUGAUCACUACUGCCCAAGCUGUAAUGCAUACAUCGGCAGCUAUUCUAAUUAA